UAACCACUUCCCAUCUCAAACCCAUUAACAGUAUUUUCUCUCUCGUCAUUCACCACCUUCGAUUCAACCUCCCAUUUGAUCUCCCUCAUCUCAAAUUGACUCUUCAAAUCAACAAACCCAGUCAAUAAUACCAACAUUGGACUCAUCACCUUCCUCUAUUCGUCCCGCAUUCAUCAACCUUUUGUUGCUCAGACAGAACUCGAGCGUCUAGUAUCCAAAUCGGUAUCCGAAUUCCUGAAGAAUUAAGAGUUGGGAAAUACUACAUAAGUGAAGAUCAGGAAAAGUUGACAGGGAAAGGUGUGCGAAGUAAAUGAAUAUCAGAAAUGUUCCACUCUGAUCAUAUGUGUAGGCUGGCGGCUGUGUUAAGGUUGUUUGGAUGUGGACUGUUGUAGUAAAAAGAACUCAAAUAUUUGGUUUGAUGGGGAACAAAGAAAACCAGAACUUGUUAACAAGUUAUAACUUGGGCAAUAUUGCACGGAGAUUAUUAUUCGGUAUUCUUUCAAUGGGACCAAUCCCCGAUCAUAUAGCUUUCAUUAUGGAUGGAAACCGAAGAUAUUCCAAGAAAAACAAAUUAGAGGAAGGAACAGGCCAUAACUUAGGGUUUACUGCUCUAACAUCCAUGCUUAAGUACUGUUAUGAACUCGAGGUGAAAUAUAUAACUGUUUACGCCUUUAGUAUUGAUAAUUUCAAAAGACGCCCCGAGGAAGUUAAGUCUUUAAUGGAGCUUAUACGGGAGAAAAUAGAAAGCUUGAUUAAAGAGGAUAGCAUUGUUAACCAACAUGGGGUUAGAGUUUACUUUGUUGGGGAUUUAAAGCUACUAGAUGACUCAGUAAGGUUAGCUGCUGAGAAGGCUAUGGAAGUUACUGCUGGUAAUUCCAAAGCCGUGCUGUCAAUUUGUAUCGCGUACACUUCUACGAAUGAGAUUGUGAAUGCUGUUGAACAAUCUUGUGUAGAAAAAUGGGAUGAACUUGAUAGUUCAACCAAAAACUCGAUAAGUGUGAUGGAUGUUGAGAAGCAUAUGUAUAUGAGAGUUGCUCCGAAUCCUGAUAUAGUGGUACGGACUUCUGGUGAAAACCGGUUGAGUAAUUUUCUUCUGUGGCAGAGUGCAAACUCCAUUCUGUAUAACCCGGCUGCGCUUUGGCCUGAGAUUGGUCUUCGGCAUUUAGUUUGGGCGGUCCUGAACUUUCAAAGAAAUCAAGCUUGUUUGGAAACGAAAAAGAAGCAACAACACUGAUGUUUACGAUGUACUUUGUAGUUGAUGUGAUGAUAAGAUUAGGAGCUAAUUUUGUGAACUACAUGAAGAUAAUUUGUUGUAUACAAACCAGUUUACAAAUUCCAUAAUUUUGUAGGUUAUCUAGAAUAAUUGUUACUGCAAUUUUACUGUUUAUGAGUCUAGUAAGAGGUUGAGUAAGUUUUAUGUACCA